AUGAGCCCAACCAGCCCUGCCAGCUCUCGCCACGGGAACGGAAUGCCCAAGCGCAAGAGAAGCGGUGGCAUGGGCCUCGAGAGCAGCCCCGGCAGCAUCAACGAAGAUGAUCACGGCGACCACCACGAGAACGGUGAUCACGACAAGAAGCGCCAGCCCGGCGUCAAGCGCGCGUGCAACGAGUGUCGCCAGCAAAAGUUGCGGUGUAAUGUCGUUCAAGAACCAUUCCAGAGCUGCUCACGAUGCAACCGUCUAAAGCUCGAAUGCAAGAUUGAAUCAAAUUUCAAGCGCAUUGGGAAGCGAUCCAAGCAUGCCGAGAUGGAAAAAGAGAUUGACCGUCUACGGCGCAACAUCGCCCGCGCCCAGGCUCAAGGCUACCUACUCGACGACGACGACACUCUCAACUCUCCCAUGGCGCCGAGCACCGCGACCUACUCUCACACGCGAAAUCCUUCUCUGAUGGGUUCUGACGAGGCUGUGUCGUCCCUACUGCACCUCAAGAGAGGAGGCUCGUAUAGCAUGCCGCGAUUCUCUCACGAGUUGGAAGGGGUCCAGCUGACCGACGAAGCGGUCACCCACCUAUUCAACGAAUUCUUCGCAUUCUACCACCCAUUUCUUCCAUUCUUAAAUCCCCAGCAAUCCCCAGACCAAUAUCACCAACAACACCCUCUCCUGUUUUGGUCCAUUGUCGCUGUCGCUGCCCGUCGAUUUAGCCCUGCCAAUUGCGCCAACCUCAUCUCCAACCUCUCUGGGCCAUUGACCAGGUUCCUGUGGACCACCAUCGGCGAAGUGCCUAGCAAUUACUACGUCGUCAAGGCAAUGUGCCUGCUCUGCGCCUGGCCAUUACCCACCAGUACAACCACUUCUGACCCGACUCACAUCCUCUGUGGUGUCAUGAUGAAGACGGCGACUGGAAUCGGAUUGCAUCGCCCUAACCACAUCCAAGACUUCUCUCGAACCUCAGUCGAUCUGAAUAAGGAGCAGCUUGCCGACCGUGUCACUACGUGGGCCGUGUGCAACAUUGUGGCACAAAACAUCGGCACAGGCUACGGCCAACCAGCUUCUUCCUUGUAUGACUGGACUCUGGCCCUUCGACCCGGCGACGAUCCGGCGUUGCAUCUCUCUCCCGAAUUGGAGGCCCGACUCCAAAUUGAAAGAUUCUGCGACAAAGUUUCCAAGGAAAUGUAUAGCAACGCAAGCGAUCCCAGAGGUGUCGCCGGAGACGAGCACAGGGCAAUGCUCAUGAGAGUAUACCGACGAGAGUAUUCAGAGUUGUAUGCGUCCAUCAUGUCUCAGCAGCUGGGUGCCGUCGUAAAUCUGCACUUGCGUGCCGCUGCCCUUCACAUGAGGCUGGCCGGAUUUUUCGACUCCAGCAAGACGCCCGGCUACUUGGACGAUCUGAUGGGCUUGUGGCGGGCUACAGUCAGCUUCCUGGACGAUCUCUUGGAGGUGGACAAGGUAACUUCUCCCCACGACAAUAUUGGGGGCACCUUUUUGCUCUACGCGACCAACUACAUACAGCAGAUGUUAGUAGCUGCUGCUUUUACCUUGCUCAAGUUGAUGCGGUCCUUCUUCUCCAAGACGAUUGACUUCCAACGCGGGCGAAACCUCUUCCACCGCUCCAUCCAGGCCAUCCGUGCCACCAGUGUGGUUACCAACGAUUUGCAGUGGCGUUUGGCCGAACUAAUGGUGCAGAUGUGGAACGGUGCCCGGUUGGAUCAGAAGAACUACAACCGCGAAGACGAUUCUCCCAUCCAAGUCGACGACAGCCUGCAACUUAAAGUACGAUGUCGUCACAGUAUGAGCCUUGUUUUCGACUCCGUUUGGAGAUGGAGAGAGGAGUAUCAAGCUUUGGGCAGAGGAUCGCUCGAAGCUGCCUUGAAGCACCCUACGAAUCCGGAUUCGGCCAAUGAGUCCUCAGCCGCGUCGUCGCAACUUGACAGCACGUUGAUGCCAUCACACAGUCUCCCCACGUCCAACAACAUGCUUACUGCGAAUGGUGUACUAACACCAGGCGCCCCAGGCUUGUCUGCCCCUCCACCCGCACCGACCAGCAUAAUUGGAAACAUGAAUUAUGGCGACACCAACUAUGAUUUCUUCGAUCCCCAGCACUGGAUGCUGGACGGCCUUCUUGACUUCAACUAUUCGUUUGUACCGCCUCUCGAAGGUGCAUAG